AUGGUAAAUGCGUCAACGAGCGUGAGCUCGCUGCUGCCCCUGUCGCUGGCGGUGCCGAGCGCGAUUGCCGUUGGCGUUGGGAGCUACCUGCUCUACACCCAGCACUCUGCCGCGCCGCUGCGCGCACCGACCACGUACGCAACGCCCGACGCCUCGACGGCGACGGCCGAGGACGGACCGAUCUACCGCUGCAAGGACACCUUUCCGACACUCGAGUCGGCCACUCAGAUUGAAAUGCUCCAAAAGGCCGUGUCAAGGCACCCAAAUCGUGACUUCCUUGGCCACCGACCCAUUGACGCGGCCAGUGGCGAGGCCGGUCCAUUCGUGUGGCAGACGUAUGCCGAGUGCUAUGCACGCAUCCAGCACAUUGCAUCGGGCCUCCUUCACGACAACAUGGUCGACCCGACGACCGAUGGCCACAAGCUCGUGAGCAUUUACAUGAAGAACCGACCCGAGUGGAGCCUCGGCCAGUACGCGGCUUUUUACGCGGGCGCCGCGAUCGUGCCUCUUUACGACACGCUCGGCGCGACGUCAACGGCCUUCAUCCUCAACCAGACCGAGGCCCCCACGGUGCUCCUCACGACCUCCGAGUGGCCAUCGCUCGUCUCCAAAGCAGGCGAUACGACGCACUUGCGGCACAUCGUGCUUUGCGACGUCCCGGUUGUGCCCCUUGCGAUCGCUGCCGAGUGCGAACGCCACGGGUGGCGCGCGACGACGCUGCUUGAGGUGGAAGCAAACGGGCGAAAUCACGGCGUGUCGGCGCCGCACCCGCUCACAGCGAGCGAUUUGUGCAUCAUCAUGUACACCAGCGGCACGACGGGCGAUCCCAAGGGCGCCAUGAUGACGCAUGGCAACCUCCUCUCGCUCACGUUCGGUCUCGACGAACGCAUCAACCACGGCGCUGUCGACACAAUGCUCCAAGGGCACCCGACGCUGCUCUCGUACCUUCCGCUGGCGCAUGUCGCCGAGCAGCAGCUGCACAUUUUCCUGCUGCGCUACGCGGGCUCGAUUGGGUUUUACCAAGGCAGCGCGGCGUCGAUCCUCGACGACCUCCGGACGCUGCGACCGACGCUGUUUCUAAGCGUGCCCCGGCUUCUCAAUCGCAUCUACGAUAGUGUCAUGGCCGCUGGCAACAGCGCGGGGGGCCUCAAGACGACCCUCUUUCAAACGGCACUGGCGAGCAAGCGUGCGAACCUACGUCGCGGCUACAGCACGCAUCUUGUCUACGACAAGCUCGUCUUCAACAAGAUCAAGGCGACGCUGGGCUUGGAUCGGUGCGAACUCAUGCUCACGGGCGCGGCGCCCAUCUCGGCGCAUGUCCUUACCUUCUUUCGCGUGCUCUUGGGUGUCACGUGCCACGAAAUUUACGGGCAAACCGAGGUCUCGGGCGCCUCCAAUAUCACCGACCACCGCGAACUCGACGCGGGUUUCGUGGGGCCGCCGCUUCACUCGUGCAACGUCAAGCUCGUAUCGGUGCCCGAUAUGGGCUACUUGGUGACCGACACGGUGCAUGGCAGCUUGGCCGUCGCAGGUCGUGGCGAGAUCUGCAUGCGUGGUCCGAGCGUCUUUCAGGGAUACUUCAAGAACCCCGCAUUGACCAAGGAGGCGAUCGACGCCGAUGGCUGGCUGCACUCGGGCGACAUUGGCGUCUGGACUUUGGACGGCCGGCUCAAGAUUCUCUCGCAGGGCGAGUACGUCGCCCCCGAGAAGGUCGAGAACGUUCUCAAGAACUGCGCCUUUGUCAACCAAUCGUUUGUCUAUGGCGACUCGCUCCACGCCGUGCUUGUCGCUAUCGUCGUCAUCGAUGAGCCCCAAGUCGCCGCGCUCGCAUCGACGCUCGGCCUCGAGAGUGCAGUGGCCUGCACGCACCCAAGCAUCGUCGAGCACGUGACGGCCGAUAUCGCGCGUGUGAGCAAGGAGCACGGGCUCCUCGGUUUCGAGACGGUCCGCGCCGUGCACUUGACCACCGACGUCUUUACCGUCGAGAACAAGCUUCUCACGCCGACGUUCAAGGUCCGGCGCAACGAUGUCAAGCUCGCUUACAAGGCAACGAUCGAGGCUUUGUACGCAGCCACGGACGCCGUCGCGGGCGAGAACAUCCAGCUCGCCUAG